GCCCCCGUUGGGUAUAUGAUUUCUCACUCUGCUUUUCUCUUCUUCUUCUUCUUCUUCUUCGUCGUCGUCGUUCCAAGACGAGCUCUCUUCGGUUCUCAUCCAUGGAUCAGAAGCUCUUCUCCAAAGCUUUAACACACUACGCUCUAGCUAGCCGAUCUUACCACACGACUCGAUUGAAAAAGGCGACUUUGUAUGCCAAAAUUAGUCCACUGGGCGAUCCUAGCAUCAGCGUGGAGUCGGAGCUCGACGGUUGGGUCCAGGAGGGGAAGAAGGUACGAGUCGCUGAGCUUCAGAGAAUCAUUCGCGACUUUCGCAAGCGCAGUCGUUUUAGCCAAGCUCUUCAGGUGUCCGAAUGGAUGAAGAAAAGUGGUGCCUGCAUAUUUUCACCAACUGAGCAUGCGGUGCAAUUGGAUUUGAUUGGCCGAGUACGAGGUUAUCUUUCUGCUGAAAAGUAUUUCAAUCAGUUGAAGGAGCAAGACCAGAAUAUUAAAACAUAUGGUGCUCUUCUGAAUUGCUACGUUCGACAGCAGCAAGUGGACAAAUCCCUCUCCCAUUUGCAAAAAAUGAAAGAGUUGGGCUUUGCAACUUCAGAGCUCACUUACAAUGACAUCAUGUGUUUGUACACAAGAGUUGGCCAGCAUGAGAAGGUCCCUGAGGUGCUAGCAGAGAUGAAGGGGAAUAAUGUUUCUCCCGACAACUUUAGUUAUAGAAUCUGCAUCAAUUCGUAUGGUGCAAGAAAAGAUCUCGAGGGGAUGGAGAAUGUCUUGAAAGAGAUGGAAUCUCAACCUCAUAUCGUAAUGGACUGGAACACUUAUGCAGUAGUUGCAAACUUCUUUAUAAAAGCUGGUCUUACUGAUAAGGCAGUUGAUGCCUUGAGAAAAUCAGAAGAGAAACUGAAAAGUAAGGAUAGAAUUGGCCAUAACCAUCUGAUCUCGCUUUACGCGACCUUAGGUAACAAGGAAAAGGUGCUGAGAGUGUGGAAUCUGGAUAAAACUGCUACUACGAGAAUCAUCAAUAGGGACUACAUCACAAUGCUUGAGUCUUUGGUGAGACUAGGUGAACUUGAAGAAGCUGAGAAAGUGCUGAAAGAGUGGGAAUCAUCUGGGAAUUGCUAUGAUUUUCGAGUUCCUAACACUGUCAUUGUUGGAUAUAUUGACAAGGGAAUGUGCGAGAGAGCUGAAACACUUCUUGAAAACCUGAACCAGAAUGAAAAGGCUACCACACCAAACAGUUGGGGUGCUGUGGCUGUUAAAUAUCUGGACCGGGGUGAGACCGAAAAAGCCUUAGAGUGUAUGAAGGCAGCCCUUUCUGUAAACACGGAUAAAGGAUGGAAGCCUAAUCCUCGGGUGAUCACAGGUGUAUUGAAUUGGCUUGGUGAUAAGGGCAUUGUAGAAGAAGUAGAAGCUUUUGUAAGCGCAUUGAGGUCUGUCAUUCCAGUGAAUAGAGAGAUGUAUCAUGCCUUAUUAAAGGUUUAUAUAAGAGCUGAUAAAGAAGUAAAUGAGGUGUUAAAUAAAAUGAAGGCUGAUAAAAUAAAUGAAGAUGAAGAAACCAAGAAAAUUCUUGGCACUUGGGAAGAAACAACUGAAGGAUUGAUAGAAGGUAAACAACAUAAAAAAGACUUGGAGAAGGAAGAAGAGAUCAAAGAACCAAGGAAUUAGAGCAUGUGCUUCCUGUAUUGUUUUGGUUCAACUUCCUUGAUCAAUAAAUAUGUACAUAUACAAUUUAUGUGAUUAGUUAGUGUCCAAACUAAAGAGCAAAUGGAUAGUGUACUUACCAUGACCAAAUGAAAUCGAUAUCUACUUGAGAAAAGCAACUGUACAACCAUAAUUCAUGGGACUCUCCUGAUCAUACUUCGCAACACGUGGAUGGUUUCUCAAGGUCUCGAGCACAUGUUCCUUGACAGCCCCUGUGCCCAUUCCAUGUAUGAUAAAAAGAACUGAAUUUGGUCCUCUUGAAGAGAUAGCCAUAUCAAGGUGGUAAGAAGCUUCUUCUACUCGCAUACCACGUAGGUCGACCGUAUUCUUCGACAUCUGCACGACAGGGCCAUAGGAAUCUCCAUCUUUACUAUCUUUACUUUCAUCUGGACGACCAACAGAUUCUCUGCUCUGUCGACCCUACAUUGACAACCAUGAAUUCAAGAUGAUUUGCAUUUGUGUUCAUGCAUCACAGGACAAAUGGUAUUGGGGUUUAGAAAUUGUUAAGCAUAGCAGCAAAACCGUUUCCAAGAAUGAAUGUUAUUGCGGUGUCACUGAUGAACUAUUGGGAAAGAAAACCUCAACGUCAAAAUAAAAUCACGGGGAAAAAUGAAUAAAUAUAAGGUAAGGUUGCCUAAAUUCGGGAAUGAUUCAAUUGGAUAACGUUGGAGCUAACUCGGCCAAUGAGUAGUGGCUUAAUGUGCAGGCAAUUAAGAUUUACAAAAGAUGGUGCGUGUUUAGAGAGUGGCUGUUAAUAAAAGAUAUGAUACCUGUUUCUUGGAGUAUGGAAGGGUGUUGGCUGCAGCUUUCUUUCCACUAUUUGGAAGAGCUUUGACGCUGCUUUUCUUCACUCUGGCCUUAAUUUUACCAUAUUGCACAAGAAUCGUUUCCUCAUCAUCAGACACUUCAACAACAGUGGCUAACUUAUUUCCGAGACCACUUACGAACACUUGUUCGCCUAACUGGGGUGUAUAAGAAUUUGUAUUUGCUACACUAGGGCGGGAAUGGUCAGUUGGACUACAAGCUUCACAAAUUGAAGCAAUUGCAGAUUCUGCCUUUUUAAUCAAUGAAUUUAUUUGAUCGGUACCAGAAGUUUUCAAUUGCUCUUCGAACUCCUGCACAACAGUUUCUAUCUUGGACUUAAUUGCAGCAGCUUCUUGGUGAGCUCUUUUAGUUUCAAGAGCCAUGAGAGCUCGCUCUCGCUUAUCAAGAUCUUUUGCCUCCUCUUGAAUCUACAUCAAUGAGUUAAAAGACAAGAUGAGUAAGAUAUGUUCCUAUAAAUUGAUGGAUACCAUAAGGUUUUGGAUUGCCGUUGGUUUUGUAAUUCUUUUUAUUCGAGAAAUUGUAUAUAUCAUGCAACCAUUCAAAAAUUUGCAUUCUCUAGAGACUGAAAACUGAAUGUUAAGAUAAAAAAAUCAUGUCACGUGGGAUCAGCUAUCACGAUCUGCACAAUGAAUAGUGCACCCAUCAAAACUUUAACUUGAUCGCAUGGCCGAUACAACCAAGACAGACCAGUUGACGACAUGAAACGGGGUGAGCUAAUACUCAAACAACAUAAAGCGCUAAGACACAUAUGGUGCACACAAGGUAUGAACUACAAUUGGCCUUUCUGAGACAAGCUUCACUAGUCAACAAAUAAGCGACUAGCGAGCAACUGAUGCAGUUGGGGAAAAAGGAAAAAAUGAAUGGAUGCCUGCAGAUUCACAAAUUUCUAAAGACUUACCUCACAAUAAAGUGCCGAAAUUUCAGCAUGAAGAGAUGCAACUUUCUGCCUUUGAGCUUCCAAUUUAUCUCUUUCCUCUAUUAGUGAUUUGAAGAGUGAACCUUUGCGUUCAUCCUGCCUUUCUGGUGUAAGAUUCACCAUCCAUUGCUUUGCACGUUCUAUUAUGGCGGGAUCAAAUCCAAUACUUUCAGCAAUAGUUAAAGCAUUUGAUUCUCCAGUACUCCCCCAAAGGAUCUUAUAGGUAGGUUUUAAAGUUUCUAGCGAAAAUUCCAUAGCUGCAUUCUCAAACGAAGAGUCACUAUCUUUUAUGCAACUCAAAUCUGCAUAAUGAGUAGUCACAAUAGCUAGGUUAACACAAUUUUUGAGAUAUCGCAAAAUGCUGGUAGAGAGAGCCACGCCUUCUGAAGGAUCAGUUCCACUGCCAAUUUCAUCAAUAAGGACUAGGGAUUCGUCCGAGGAUACUUCUAAUAUUUUACAGAUCCGUGAGAUGUGCCCACUAAAAGUUGAGAGAUUUUGUUCCAGAGACUUCAAUAAAGAAAACAAUGUCAGACUUAAGUUUAACUCAAAAAGCUGAUAACCUAUAAGAUUACAGUGGGAAGACUAGAGCAUUGUACCUGGUGAUCUCCAAUGUCAGCCAGAACAAGAUCAAACCAUGGAAGCUUCGGGUGGUUCUUAGCAGGCAAGUACAUGCCAGCCUUAGCCAUAAGAGAUGCUAGGCCCAGAGUCUUAAGGGAUGCAGUUUUACCUCCUGUAUUAGGCCCUGAAAUCACAACCACUCUAGUUUGAUGCAUAAUCUUAAUUUCUAUUGGCAUUGGAAAAUCAGGGACGCUUCCUGAAAAUUCUUCACUGACGAUCAUGUUACCUCUCUUGUCAAAUUGACCUACAUUUGCAGAGUAAGAUAAAACAUUAUCUGGGGAACUUUUCAGAUAGUUGCUCAGCAGCAAUGGGUUCUGAAUAGCAUCAAUAUCUACGGAUAAUGUAUUGUCAGUUAUACUAGAAUUUAAGCCUUCAUACCCCUUGGCUGAGAAACAUGGACAAACCCCACUCAUCCAUCGACCAUAUGCAGCCCUGGCCAAAGCAAGAUCAAGUUCAAGAAUUCUAUCCAACAAGCAUCUUAUAUGAUUUUCUGACUCUGAUAUUUCAGUCGAAAGCAUACUCAAAAUGGAUAUUUCCUCGGCCUUCUCAGAAUUUGAAAGCCUAACUUCCAUGUUGUUCAAAUCCACUGCUUUCUUGGGUUCCAUAAAGUAUGUUGCACCAGAACUGCUGGUGCUCAAGAGAAUACCAUCCGAAACCAAAUUCUUGUGAGUUGCUCUAACAGCAACGCACAUUCUAGAUCGUCGCUUUGUUAUAAGAGGACGAUCAAUCCCACCUGCCUGAUAAAUCUUAAAGGACACUUCCUUUAACAGAGAAUCUAACUCUUCCAUAUUUCUCUUCUUCUCCAAGCGAAUGAGCUCCAAGUCUUCACUAGCUCUAUCAAGAAUAAUUGAGUAAUUGCAAUCGAUACAAAAUUCAAUUUUUCUCUCCAACUCCACCAGGAAAUCGCAAUUCUGAAGUAUUUCAAUCAAGGGCAGGAACCUAAUGAAUAUGGUCAGACAGAUUAAGCCGUGUUAACUUCUACCCAUAUUACCAUUUCAUGUUUCAUUUCAUCCAGUAAUUUUUCAGUGACAAGAGCAAAAGGAAUAAGGAUUUCUAUCAAGGUUCAAAAUGUUCUAAACUUCUGAAUAUUUAUUCUUCACUCCUCUUUCUUGUUUCUUAUUAUCUUUUACGAAAGAGGGGGGAAAAAAGGCAAAAUGUUUCUCAAAUUUCACGACAGCAUUACCUAUCUGAAGAAUGGUUACCAACAUCCAGAGCCUGCAGUUCCUCAAACAACUCCCUAGCAGCUUUCAAAGUACGCCGCACCGAACAAAGUUCAGCCAUUGUAAGCAAUUUUCCCGAAAUCGCCGAAUUCAAAAUUCCAGAUACAUCUUCGAUUCCAGAAAAAUCCAACCGUCUGGAAGUGGAAACCACAGCUUCAGCAGCGGUCGUCUGAUCGAGAAGCUUCUGGCUCUCCUCUCUCGUCCGGCCGAAGCGAACGUCAGCCUUCUGAGCUACGUCAAAACCCAUAGAGGUGGAGGUAAACGCGGAGAGUUGCUUACAGAUAGAACUCCAUUCUAGAACUCUAAGAGUUUCGUUCUGGAGGGUCUGUGAAGUAGCGAUUCGAGAGGGCAUCAAUUCAUGAGUGGUGGAUAGUGAGAAGACGGGCCUGAGAAGUCUAGGAAAGAUGCGAGGAGUUUUGGUAAUGGUGACGAAGCUGUAGGUGAUCUCCAUUGGAAGGAUGAAGAUGGUGUUGAGUGGAUUUCAGAGAGGGCAUCUUAUCCAGUUCAAUCCUUGAGUUUUCUCCAUUCACGUUGGUAUGAGAAGCUCCAAGCAAAUACCAGCGGAGCCAUAUUUGUUAGAGUUAGCCAGUCCGAGCGCGAGAUUUACAAACUUUCGACGACAUGUGUUUCGUUCGCAAUUCGAAACGAUAUGUCGUUCUUCCCUUGCAACCAAAAAUUGCGUUGGCGGGGGAUUCUGAAUGCAGUUUUUGUGAAGGGUGAAACUUUGUAAUGUAAUAGUAAACACAUUUAAGAUUAUUUCUUAUUGACAA